CCCUGAAACACCUAUAUAUUCCUAAAUCUCUCAGAAACCUAUUUCAUUAUCAAAUUUCUAUCUAAAACACAACAACUUCAACGUUGUUCUUCAUUGAAGAGUUUCCUAUCAACAAUUCCAAUCCAAAGUUUCUAUCUUUGCAAAGAUGCAUAAGAUUCUUGUACUUUCUAUCUUUGUUCUCUGUGUGUCACAUUCUUAUUAUGUGGUACAAUCAUACAAUGCACCAUCUCCUUCCCCAACCCCAGCCACUAAACCACCGCCGUCUCCGUCCCAUUCUCCGGCCACUUCUCCGACGUCUUCUCCGGCGAGUCCUACGGCAUCCCCUUCAAAGUCUCCGACUGUUUCGCCGCCUACGGCUACUCCGCCGGCAGUUUCACCACCGGUGUCGACCCCUCCUGCGACUUCACCUUCAGUUUCGCCGGCAAAAUCUCCGGAGAGUCCUUUGCCGGCGCCUGUUUCACCGGCGGUCAGCCCGUCCGCUAAUGGGUCUUCACCAGUUUCGUCGCCGGCGAAUCCUCCCCCGGCGGUUGCAACUCCGGCUUCGUCUCCUGUGAGUACUCCGGCUUCGUCUCCGGUGUAUACUCCGGCAUCAAGUCCAGUCACUGCUCCUCCAGCGGAGGCUCCGGAGAUUGCUGCGACACCCGAGGCACCGGCUAAUAUUCCAUCGAGCUCAGCCACUCCGGCUGAGUCUCCGGCAAUAUUUCCGUCGACCAAGAGCUCGCCAAGCGCUGCUCCGGCGAAUCUGUCGCCGGAGACGGCGCAGGGACCUGCUGGUGAUGAUUCGGGUUCCAAGUCCAAGUACGAGGUUGGGAUCAUCUUGAGUGGGUUGUCUAUUUGGGCCGCUUUGGCUUUUUAAUUUUAUUUUAUGUUAAUUCUUCCUUGUAUAAUUUUCAUUCUAUGUCUAACGUUGUUAUUAGUAGAAUAUUCGUUUAUUAGUAGUGAUUUUUCUUUUAAUUUUUGUUAAAUAAUAAAUAUCUGUUUAUUAUUUGUGAAUUUUGAACUUCAUAUUGAAUUGCAUACCAAGAAGGGCUUUGAAUGUUAGAAUCCACUACCCUAUUAUGUUGUUGUUUGAGUUUAUGAUAAUUCCUUAAUUAGAUAGAA